AUGACUUCGACCGGAGCAACCAAGUCUACCGGCGGUGGGGAAGGCAAACCAAAAGCUGCGAAAUCGGUGUCCAGAUCUUCAAAGGCAGGUCUUCAGUUCCCGGUGGGUCGGGUUGUCCGUUUCUUGAAGAGAGGACGAUAUGCUCAGCGGGUCGGCUCCGGUUCUCCUGUUUACCUCUCCGCUGUACGGGAAUACCUUGCUGCUGAGUUAUAA